AUGCCGCCGACGCGGCAUCCUACCAAACAGAUUCCAGCACCCAGCAUACCCUCAGCGAAACAGACUUUCAAUUUCCCGAGUAGCUGUCAUUUGAUCAUCACCACUCCCAGACACGUUUUCGCAUGGGACAAAUCCGGCGUCCACUCUCUGUUUCGCAGCCGGAGAAGUAGCAUUGUUGCCGCGCGAGAGGCAAAAGAUGGCUCCGGAGUCUUGGCAAUCGCGGGUCGAGAUGUUGUCGUGCUGCACGAUACGAAGCGAGGCAAAGAUGAAAGCUGGGGAUUGAACGCCGAUCAAGAAGAAGUUCGCCAUUUGGAGUAUGCUCCGGAUGCCAAGUCCUUGUUCCUGACGACGACCUCUGAUGGCACGAUCCAGCGAUAUGACACGGGAAGUGCGAGAUUGCUGGAUCCCGUGGAGACACUGAAGACCGCUCCCGUGGCUCUGGCCGUUUCUUCCACUGGCCACCUGCUUCUUUCAGCGUCCCACGAUCCUCCAGUGGUUCACAUCAGGAACCUUGCCCACAAUACUGUUUCUUUCACAUUGCAUCCCAAUGCGUCCACGGCACCGGUCUCUUGUGCUGUAUUCCACCCCGAGAGACCGAACGUCUUCCUCCUUGCCUUCCGAGAUGGGACAGUGGCGGCAUACGACGCCACUAAAAUGCCCAAGAGAGAUCCUGAUCAAUCGAGUGCAAAGGAUGGCGAGAUCUCACACAUCAAGGACUUGCAUCGAGUUGUGGUCACCGGAGAUGCAUCGCUCAACAAAUCAACGUUGGCAGCUCCAAUAGCAGGUGUGGCGUUCCUACCGGGUUACAAAACUCGAGCCGUCACCGCUGGUCGCGAUGGCAAGUGCAAAAUCAUCGACUUUGCAAGCAAAGGCGCCGUGUUAAGAAGUUGGCAUGUCAAAGCUCCCUUGACAUCCAUCUCUGUUAUUCCACUCAAACCUGAUAGUGGACGAUCUGCAGCUGGAAGUCGGCGUAGCCAAGCAUCUAGCACGCAUACCAUCGGAGGACCAACAACCACAGACAGCCUCAUUGCUCUAGGUCGCGUCGACGGAAAAGUUCACAUCUAUGAUACAGUCGGCUUACUCCUAGCUCAGAGAGCUGUCAGCGCACAGGAAGAGAAGAUCAUCUCUGUGGAAUGGGUCAAAGGACCUACUCCACGCGCCAUUGAUCUUGGAGGCGUCGAGAGGCACUUCAGCGACUCAGCCUCCAUGUCGCUGAGAUCUCCCGGAACCUCCAAAGUAAAGGCAUCUCCUAAAUCACGCGGGAUCCAGAAUGCCACACGACCGGUGCCUGUAUCCGUCAGCCCAAAAGGCACGWCUGUGCCGCCAGAAUUUCCCCAAGAAUCAGCCACCACUCCACUACCGAUGCGAAAGUUCACACUUCACCCAGACGAGAUGGACGAUGCAGAGGCUAGCACCGUCCGCUACACCCCAUCUCCAAAAAGAGCUGCACCAGUCAUCCCCGCAGUGGCUGUUUAUAGCGACCUGUUCUCUCCCGUCAAACCCCAUUCAAACGCGGCCAAAGCAUCGGCGAAGAAACGCGUCCUGAGCCCUGGAAGAAAUCGACCGCGCUUGUCGAGUCAGACCUUCAUCAGAGAACCAGAAUCGCAGGCAGGAACGUUUGUUGCAACAGAUGAGGGAGAGACGCAUUGUCACGUUCAUCAGACUAUCGAUAGCCAUGCUACAAGCUCCGACUCAACUGCAAAGCGUAAGCAGAGGAGGCCGCCAAAUCAUGCAAUAUCUUCGCAGCAUACAAGUCUGGCAGUAUCACCUGGGUCCAUAAGACGCAAUUCAUUCGCACCGCCCGCUCUACGAAUUGGAGACGGAACAGCAAGUCGAACUAGCACCAUCGUGCAGCCUGCGAACUUCAAUGCGAAGCUACUUUCGGACCUUCGGAAGCUGAAUGGGAGCAAUGUCACGUCUCAGCACGGCCAUGGAACCCUUUCCGCUUACACUGGUCCGCAACAUACCCGGCCGUUUGUCGAUCGUUCACUCCCGGUGUCGAAACCAAGCUGUUCUCAAAAGGAGAAUGUGCAUGCGAAAAAUCGUUCGGUUCAUUUGAGCAACUCCGAGACGUGGCCGAUUGAUUCUGCUGCAUCCUCGGUCAUCGGCGCAGCAGACGACAUAUGGCUGACAUCCGAUGCUGAGGACGAUGCACAUCAUCGGCCAAAGCGUGGGAGAGAGCGGCAGCCAAGACCAUCAGCAAGGCAGUCAACCAAAGCGAACGGUGGUCAUCUUGAGACUGUCCGCACCAGCAAAAUCGUGCAUGCUCUGCUACAGGAUCCGGACCAUGCACGGCAAACAGAUGGUACGACUGAAGAAGAGAUGUUCUCGGCAGAGACACACAUAUCGCCAGUAGCCGUGUUCUCGCCCGCUUCCGAUGAUCUGCGCGAGCUUUUUCCUAGAACUUCCUCCCUCYCACCCCAUAGACAUCCAGAUUCGAGGAUCAGAAACAUCGAACCUCCUGAUCGCAAAGGCCUUGGUCUGACCGCAAUUGCACUAAACGAGGCUCUAGGCCGACCUCCAAAAAGUCCAUGGGCACGCGCCAAAGCUGGCAGGCGUGUACCGAGUCCGCGUAAGGUGCUGCAGGUAGCUCGCCAACAUCCAUCAGGAACCGACUUGAAACCCCGACGAGUUGUAGCAUUCGACGGGCUGGCUCAAAGUCCCUCAUAUCGAUGUCUGAUCUGUCCACAAACUACUGCGAGAGUCCAGGCUCUGGAAGGCGAGGUAGCGAUGAUGAAAGGAGAGAUAUUGGCAAUGAAGGCGUUGCUGAGGAAGAAUGGGCUUCCGUUCCCUACUUGCUUGCGUUAG